UACUUAUUAUAUUGUUUGGAAACAUUGAUAGUAGUAUAAAAAUAUAUUGUUUGGAAACAUUGAUAGUAGUAUAAAGAAAUAAAUAUAUUGUUUGGAAACAUGGAUAGUAGUAUAAAGAAAGAAACAUUAGUGAUUUAAUGUAUGUUUAACUAUAAAGUAUAAAAGUGUAUUUAAAUUAAAAACUUACAAAAUAAAUGUUAGGUCCAACAGAACAUUUCUGUUUUAAUAAGAUAGAUUCGUUUAGUUUAAAAAUAAAUACUAUAUUAACUGUCUAUGAUAAGCACAAAACCUAUGUGAUAUAUGUUACCGUGCUGUGUCUCUGUUCUACAGGCGUCCCACCGUUAACCCUGAAAUUAGUCAGGAUUGAAGACGUUCUUGAGAAGUACAUCAAUCUCCCUGAUCAAGAAAGAGAUAAUGCUAUAGUUUUCCCUGAUCAAAGCAAACGCCAAGGUAUCAAAAACAAAGAGUAUUUGUUAAGGACUCUUGAACAAAUCAAAACCGAGAACGACAUGGCCUUCCAAAUCAACGAACCUCGCCAUGAAGCUAUCCACUCCGAUGUCGAGGAACUCGAGAAAGAGGUUUGUAGAUUAAAACAACAGCUUCAUAUUUCUGCGGAAGAACUGAGGAAAUUCGAACCCGAUCCAGUGAGGUUUACAUCAAUGGAGGAAAUGGAAGCAUGUGAAACUCAUCUACUCAGUACUCUUACUCGUGUGGUUCAGAGAAGGGAACAUUUGUUGAGCAGAUCCUGUGGAGCACCAAGUACCCAACAGAGUAUGGAAAAUAUUGAAGGCUGGGAGCCUGAGGCUGAGUCCAAACAAGCCCGUAUAAUAGCGAACUCAGCCUAUGCAUCAAAUCAGUUAAGUUAUGAUCUGCUGUUGCAAGGAAGUAAUUCAAAUCCAACCCAAACUCCAAAAUGAUGUUUGGGUGAAUCGCAAAAAUGCAAUGUUGUUGACAAAAACAAAACGGUUCGUAUUUCCUAUGUCAGUGUCUAAACUCCUAUGGUUUUUAUCUUUCAGAUUCUGAACUAUUGUAUAAUAAAGUUUUGAAAA